CUUACUUUUUUCAAGCGUGUUCUAUACAGAGAAGUUUCUCAUGCUCCAUUUUCCUCGUACGUCCUCUGGACCCAGAACGCGCGGAAGAAAUCCGCAACCGCAGCAGAGGCGUUCGUAAUCCCUUGCUGCAACAAACAGGCCAGCCAUGGUUCUCGGAGCUGCUCGAUUUUCUUUCCUCUGACGUUGCAUUCUCUCAAGAAGAGAGUCAGAUGCUCGACGCGCGGAGACUGUCUAGAGAGAGAGCGACGCUGUGCGUGUGUCUCUAUAGAAAGUGUGGCUUACCGCCUGCGUCUCUUCUUCCGCGUGAAGUAGGUCUAUGCUUUCUCCGCAUCUCUCCCCAUUUAAAUUUUCAGGAUGCCUAAAGAUUUGCACGUGCGUGUGUAUGCAGAAAGUUGAGACGUGAGUGUCUCGGAAUACAAUUUCGGCCUGUGGGUACGUGAUCUGCUUGCUAACAAAGGAAACCUGCCGACGCCAGCCACCCUUUUUCUCGAGACCCGGCUGGACCGGACUUCAUGACAAUUUCCUUUUUUCCCCCAUUAUUCGUCAACGUGACCAAUCCACGAGGGAGGGACGGGCCUUUCCAUCCUUCUGCUUUCGUGCUGGUGCGUGAUCGUUGAUAAAGGACUCUCUCUAGCGUUCCAUAUUUCUCAUGGUUCUCUUUUGCUUGAGGCGGAAACGCCUGUUUCAGGACGAGACAGAUCUAUAGAGGGGAUUUCUUCUCCUACCGCGCCCGUACCAUCCGCUCCGCAUUUUCUGUCAAUUCGUGCCUGGUUUACGUCUCUCUUCUGGCGCCCGGGUCGGAGGCCUUGAAGGACUUUUCUUCUGGGUGGUCGAGUUCUUUCUUCCUCUGUUUCUUCUCUCCGCAACCAUGCCGCCUGUCUCCUUCAAUUUAGUUCGUGGGGCUCUGUGUCUCCGCCAGGCUCCCUCACUUUCUCACUCUUUUCUCCGCCCUCUCAGUCUGGCUCCUCAUACUCUCUCCACGUCAGCCACCCAGCUUCGUGUCAGUCGGAGUGUCUUCCCCGUCUCCCCGUCUUCUUCCCCUGCCGCGCUUCCAAGCUCUUUCUCCACCUUUGUCUCCUCUCGCUCUCUCUCCGCGUUCCUGCCUCUUUCCCCCGCGCCUUCUGUGCUCGCUGUCACUGAGUCUUCCGUCCUUCCUCGCUGCUUCUCCCGUUCCUUCGCCGUGCGCCAGCGCAAGCACCGCGAGAGUUCUUCCGGGUCGCUGGCGAAACGCGAUCCUUCCUCUCCGACGACGCCCGAGCAUCACGGUUCCCACCAACAGGCUUUUCCUGCUGGCUCGGAGGGCCUUUCUCUGGGCUGGCAGUUGUUCGUCGCCUUCGCUUCCUCGAUCUUCUUCUACUUCGGCUUCGUAAUGGUCAUGAGGCUCUUGGGAGGACAGCGCGUUGCUGCGAUCCACGUGGACCAGUAUGGCAGACCCGUUGACCCCAGCACGGGAAGUCCGUAUUGAUCAGGGCGAAGAGAAACAGGGAAGACAGAAGCGGAGAAAGGGAAAGGACAUGGUCUUCACAUUUGGGGGGACGUUUGUGUCUCAUCCUUUGCGGGACGGUCUGCGUUUCCGAACCGGAGCUGAGACGUAGACGAUGUGCCUCGAGAGGUCGGUCUGCGUUCUUUUGUUUUCCUGUCGCUGACCUCUCAGAGGCGAGAGAGGGAUGAGCGACAAAAGACUCAGAGCCUCCAGAGCUUGCGGUGUGUCAGACUAAUCCAUAGACGGGAGGACUGCUGGGUGCUCAAAUCAGAGGACAGCAGACAGUCAAACUAGGAGGCGAGGGGAAAUGCCCGGGAAUCCGCGAAGUUAAGCAGAUUUGAGGAUGCAGUAGCGGCGAAAGAGGAGGCGAACACAGCAAGGACUUCGAGAGGGCGGAGGUACGCGAAAAUGCUGGCGGAGAAGGAGUCGUGCUCUAGGCGACGAAGACCGAGAGGGUGCUGGGGAAAAAUGUGCUGCGAACUUCGGAUAGGAACAGCGCAAAAGAAUAAGAAAAUGGCAACUGAGAGUGAUGUUUCAGGGAACAGAUGUGGUUUGGAAGAGCGGAACACUUAUUUGUAGGGAAUUCGUAACCGUGGUCUUCGUAAACGGAAAGUCUUCGAGUGUCUUGGGUUUCUGUCUCACGAGCUGUGCUUUGCCGAGCCGCGUACUUCGUCUCGACGUCGGCACUGAAGUGUUUCUUCGUUCGGAGUCCCGAAGAGGGAGUUGAAGAGGGGCAACCGUUGCAGAUUUUUCUUUCCCAGCGACUGCCGUCAUCUCUUGAUUUUUAAAUUUGUGCAAGAAUCUGUCUGCAUUGUGGGUUUUCUCCGGUGACAUUGCACACACUCCACUUUGAUAGCAGGACAUCGCUCUAGCACCCGUCUAGUUUUCCUUGCGGAUAUCUAUU